AUGGAACUGGAGCAUGAAGCAUAUUGGGUUACUAAAUUCUUGAAUUUCGAUAUGCAAGUUACAGGUGAGAAAAGAUUAUUGCAGGUGAAUGAGUUAGAAGAAUUUUGUCAUGCAACAUAUGAGAAUGCAAAAAUCUAUAAGGAGAAAAUAGAGAAAUGGCAUGAUAAGCACAUUCUAAGGUUCAAGUUUGUUCUUGGUCAACAAGUUAUGCUCUAUAAUAGUCAAGUUUGCUUAUUCCUGGGAAAACUGAAAUCUCGUUGGACAGGACCCUUCGGGGUUAUGAGUGUGUCUUUAUUUGAUGCUAUGGAAAUUUGCAAACAAAAUUCUCAGGAGACAUUUAAAGUGAAUGGGCAGAAGUUGAAGACAUAUUUAGAGAGUGGUAUUGAUAGACAUACUACCACCAUCAAAUUACGAGAUCCAUAA